AGUAUUUAGCAAUAACCAAAUUUUUCAAUUUCGGAUGUUAUGAAAACUACUACAUGUCAAUAAAGUAGAUAAACUCUAUAAGUAUCAAUCAAAUGGCUUACAACUUAAACGAAGACGAUAAUUAUGUGGAUGAUGAAAUUGAGGAGGAUAUUAUUCAUAACAGAAAUUGGUUUAAACAUUCUGAUGUAUGUUUGAAAAAGCUUGACAACCUAGAAAUGAAAGUUCAUAAUGUUCAUUUAGUCGAUCCUGGCCAAAUCAAAGCAACUAAUGUAAGACGAGGAAGUGCUUCCGAACUAGAUAAAGCUAGACAAAGUUUAGUAAAGAAGCUAGCAUGGGGCACUUCGUCUACUCUGAACGAUUUGUUAAAGAAGCAGAAAAAUGAUAGACCUUUUAGUGCAAAAACUUUUUUAAAAUCUCGUCCACCUAGUGGUAAGAAAAGACCGCAAAGCGCUUCCACAGCACCUCCUCCAAAAGAAAAGAUAAUGGGAGUUAAGGGGCAAGUUAGGGAACUUGCUGAGCGUCCACCUGAAGGUGCAAGGAUCUAUAAUGUGGCAACCGGUUACGUAGCAGUUCCUUUUACAGCUGAAGAAAUUUCUAGGAAAGAAAUAAAUGCAAUUCUAAAAAGAAUAUCAGAAGGACAUCAAUUAAAUAACGUAGAAAUAGAGAUAUUAUCCCAAGCUUAUAUAAAUACAACAGCCCCACCACCUUGCGAUCUUACUGGUGAAUUGAAAAAUGAAAUAUCUAAUAACGAUGAAACUAGAUAUUCUGAAGGUGUUGAUGAUAGCCAAAUAAAACGUCGUUUUGAACCAAUAAGUCUAACUUUACCUCGUGUUGAUUACGAUUCUGAAGAGGAGAUUGAAACAGCAAGGCUUGUUGAAGAGGCUUACAAAGCUGCAAAAGAACAACAAAGAAAGAAACUUUUAGCUAGAAAGAAUCAGAAUAAACCAACUGGAAUUGAAAAAGAAAUUAACAAAAUUAUCAAAGGUCACAGGAGUAUUGAGGACUGGAACGAAGCGGAAUUUGUCGAUUUAUCUCAUUGGGAAGAGGAAAAGCACUCGGAGAGGUCUGACUUGGGUUUAAUUUCUGAUUCUGGUGAAAGUUUAAUCGGUUUAGACGAAUUAGACACUAAAGAAGAACUCUUAGAGUCUAAAGGAGAUAAAGACAAAGAAGACAUAGAGGAGAAGCUCUCUAGAGAUAAAAAAGUUCACUUUGCUGACACAAAAACUCCUGUUAGAAGGGUACAAUCAGCUAAAAACCCUAAUACAAUGAAUUCUGAAAAGAAAAAUCUGCUGAAAUCGAAUAGGCCACAAUCAGCGUCUAAUAAAUUAAGCACUGUUCAAGUAGCUUAUUCAUCCGUAAAGGAGGAUGAAAAGCGAAAGAAUCUAGUCUUUAAAAGUAGAAAAUCUAGUAGAACAUCAAAAACUGAUAAUAAUGAUAUUGAAACAAUGAUAUCAAGAAUGAGCGUCAAUGAAAAUCCAACAAAAUCUGUAAAAACAUUAGAAUUCGAUGAAACAGGUGCUGUUGUUGAAAAUGUACAAAAAAUGGAGUUUAAUAAACUGGCACAAGCAGAAAACUUAAAAGAUACAACUGUGAGAAUGAAACCGGAAAGAGUUAACGUCAAGAAAGAAACUAAGCAGAAUCAGAAUUUUAAGGGUGAACUUACAGACGAAAAAAAGAUAAAACCUAAAAUGAAACAGUUGGUAAGAAGAUCGUUGAGUGCUGAUAGGAUUAAAUCUCCAGCUGCGGCUGAAAAGUCGACGUGUUCAUGUAUGAGAUGUGCUAGUACAGCGAGUAUGAAAAGUAUUCCAUUUAAUUUAAGUGCCAUAGAAGCAAAACGAGCUACAGAAGCUGCAAAAAAGAUGAGAGAAGAAACUCCGGUAGAGAAAAAAAAGGAAAGAGUCAAAUACGAACCUCCUAAACCAAAAGUAAAGAAAGAGAGAAUUGAAUACUCAACUGAUGAGAUUAUUGAUAUUUGGACUAAAAAAUUUGAUUUUGAGGUUCAAAGCGAAGCUAUUGCCGAGUGUCAAGAAAUGCAUGAUAAACUUAUAGAUAACAACGUUCCCAUAUCAUUUGAGACUUUAAAGAGAGGACUCUUACCACCAACUGAAUACGGAGGCUAUGGUACUACUUUAGUAGACGGACCUAGAUCUAGGAAGCGCACUCCUUUUCAAUCUUCCGCAGGGUUAUUAAGCCAUCCAAAAGUUUGGUUGCAAGACGAAUAUAAACAAUAUCCAAUUAACUUCACCUCUUUGAAUAAAUUAGGAAAGGUAAACACCGCUUUACGACGCCAACGUGCUUUGGAAGAAAAGCAAUUGAAAGCUGAUGAAAAACCACCCCGUCCUAAAUCCAAAAAAUCUCGUAAAUCAGCUAAAUGA